ACCAUCACGGAGCAAGGGUUUCCCGCUCUCCAACUGUCGAUAGCAUCCCAUGUUCUCAUUAAGACAGAGACCAGUCUGUGUCCAUAACCCUUUGCAGCCUCUCCCUCCUGGGCAUCUACUCUUUCUAGUAGUGUGCUGUAGGUGGGAGGCCAGCGUUUUGCAGAUCUGACGAAUGGGGGGGGGGGAAUUUGACAGCUCCUCAUGCUUCUUGUCAUCUUCUCAUCUCAGUGUUAAUCUCUCUUACUUGCCUGGACCCAAGUGGAAAAGAGUGUGCGGGGAGGCAGUUAGGCAUUUAGAGAAGAUAAGUCCAUUGCUUUUUAUAGCGUAUUUGGGAGAGGAAACGGUGGAACCUGUCCACCUCCUCUGUUUAUAAGAGCAAUGCUUCUGCACCUCAGCUGGGACCAGGCAUUGGGUUGCAUUUGCUCUCCAGUGUUUGUCCUUUCUGACUGAUAACAGUUAUGGACUUACGAUCUUCAGUAAAAAGGGGUCCUAAUCCUAUCUGGAUACCUAAGUCUUACACUACACUUCAGGUAUUUCAUUUCCUUACAUACUUAGUUUGUUGCUCUAAACUUGCAUUGUGUCACCUUCAAUACGCUGCCUUCUGCACUGUGGCUUGCCAGAAACCUCACAGCAUUGCACCUGUGCUGGAGCAGCUGCAUUGUCCCACCUGUUGCUUGUGAUGCUCUGUUCUACCUUUCAGAGACUGUAUUGAGCCCCAGGAUCCAGAAGUUGUACUCUUAGUUGACAGCUCUGUGCAUUGAACAUGAAGCAGCAGCUUCUAUUUUUAACUCUGCUUUUGGAAAGCAGCAAGGCCCAGCAUAGUGCAGACCUUAACACUGCAUCAACCCUCUGGCUGUUGCAAAAGUUGAAAAUCUAAAGGCAUGAUAUGGGCAUAAGCAAGAUCCUUGGGUAGGAUGGAGACUGUUCUCGGACCCAAAGAUUAGUGUUAGAAGUGCACAGAUUUGUGAGAUGCUACGUUUCCCAAAAUGUCUAUCAGGUCCUACAAUAAUUUCUGGCGUGUGGUUCCUGAAAUUAGGGAGUAGCAAUACCACAGUGCAAUGAUACAAUCAAGGAGUGGGAAAUGAAAAUACAGUAUGAACAUUUUUCUUCAAGCAGGGCAGUGCUCUGCCAACGCUGCACUGCUACAAGGACAUGUGCAGCAACCAAAAGUUACAGAGACUGUUCUGCUUCCAGUUCUGGAGUUAGUUUAUUCCUUGGGAUCUCCAGACAGUGCUGUACUGAAUGGUGUAAACACACCCCAGAGCUCUCUAUUGAUUAGGCGUGUGCAGUACAGGUUAGCUUUUGGAAGAGAGCUAGGAGAAAGCUGGAGUUAGAUCCAUCUUCCAUAGACUUGCUAAGGCUUAAUUCAGCUGCAUCAUUGCGGAGCCUCUAAAAGCUUUUUAGUAAGUGUUGAGUAGUACUCAACAGUCAUUCAGUGUCAACAUUGCAGGAGAAUAUGACAGGAAUUCAGAUAAAUUAAACGUUUUGAUUUCUAUAUUCAGAUAAUGGGUUCCUGACUCUUUGUAAUCUGUUGUCAGGCCAAAAAUCCAUUUCUAGUUACAGGAGAACAUUGUGUGGAGGUACUAGUGUGCUGCUCUGGGUCUACCUAACAGGUAGUGCAGGGCUUGCUGUUGGUGCUUGUUAGGGAAAUUUGGAUCUAGACACUGGGUUUUAGGAGACUAACUAAUAGGUGCAGUUGGAGUGCUUGGGCUAUGGAAAACUCGGAUGGAUAGUUUAUUACGGUGGCUUUCCUAAGAGUUUGGAGCAAGCAUAUGAAUAAUUAAAGGGAAUGAUUGAUGGACUUACUAGAUUUGCAAUUUGGAAUGGAGAUUUUCUUCCUGCAAACUUCUUAUGCACUCUCUGACUGAAAUGCUGUUUCUUAAAUAUUUUGCAUGGCUGAAAUCUCAGCUUUACUGCUGAUGUGCUCCUCUUCUCUUCCUCAGCAGCUCUGAUACUUCGCUGUCAACUAAAUACACGUAACUCACCUUCCCAAAGUGUGUAUCCUGAAUCUUCUGACUAGUUUUCCUUCUCCAGGGGUGAUACUGUAGUUAUUACCUUAAGUGUCCUUACAUACCUAUUAUUACUAUAUUUUGUUUUGAUUUCUGUCAUUAUAUUAUUUUAUUUUUACAUUCAGUUGUACCUUUAUUUUAUGUAAUGUUUUGGAGAUGAAAGUCUUUAACGUUUUUGUUUUUAUGUACUAUGCUUUCAGUGUUGUAACCAUACAGUUGUGGCUACUCAUGGUGACAUAUGACUGCUAUGAAUGUUGGGCCUUUGCAAUGCAUUUUGGAGGUCACUACUACACAUUUGAUGUUUAGGAGGUUGACAGGUAUGGCUGUAGUGCCCCCAAGAUGAAAUGUCCGAAUCCGGACAGUCCUCAGCAGCUGCCACACCGAGCACCACUGGAACCAAGUCCAACACUCCCACGUCAUCUGUGCCCUCUGCUGCAGUCACCCCCCUGAAUGAGAGCAUCCAGUCCGUCAGUGAAUACAAUGGCACAGCCAAGAGCAAUAAGAGGGCACGAGAAAAGCGGAACAGCCGGAACAUGGAAGUCCAGGUCACCCAGGAGAUGAGGAAUGUCAGCAUAGGGAUGGGAAGCAGUGAUGAGUGGUCUGAUGUUCAGGACAUCAUAGACUCUACACCAGAGCUGGAUAUGUGUCAAGAUCCCCGCCUGGAACGCACUGGUAACAGCCCGACACAGGGGAUUGUGAACAAAGCAUUCGGCAUCAACACAGACUCUCUGUAUCAUGAACUUUCCACAGCAGGGUCCGAGGUUAUUGGGGAUGUUGAUGAAGGAGCAGAUCUGCUAGGGGAGUUCUCAGGAAUGGGCAAAGAAGUGGGGAAUCUACUGUUGGAGAACUCACAGCUACUGGAGACCAAAAAUGCUUUGAACGUUGUGAAGAAUGAUUUGAUUGCCAAGGUGGACCAGCUGUCGGGAGAGCAAGAAGUGCUGAAGGGAGAGCUGGAGGCAACAAAACAGGCCAAAGCCAAAAUGGAAACCAGAGUCAAGGAGCUGGAGGAAGAGCUGAAAAGAGUGAAAUCUGAAGCGAUUGUUGCCCGACGAGAACCCAAAGAGGAGGUGGAGGAUGUAAGCAGCUAUCUCUGUACAGAAUUGCAGUGCUCCUCCCCUCUGCAGGACAACAUUCCCAUAGCUCAGCGUCGCCGGUUCACACGUGUGGAAAUGGCCCGGGUUCUAAUGGAACGCAAUCAAUACAAAGAAAGGUUGAUGGAGCUCCAGGAGGCUGUAAGGUGGACAGAGAUGAUCAGAGCUUCCCGUGAGCACCCAUCCGUCCAGGAGAAGAAGAAGUCUACUAUUUGGCAGUUCUUCAGCCGUUUGUUCAGCUCGUCCUCAAGUCCCCCACCGGCAAAGAGGACCUACCCAUCGGUAAACAUCCACUACAAGUCUCCAACAACAGCAGGAUUCAGCCAGCGUCGCAGUCACACCAUGUGCCAGAUCUCCUCCGGCAGCCGCACUCUUGAAUUCUUCCCUGAAGAUGACUGUACAUCGUCAGCGCGUCGCGAACAGAAGCGGGAACAGUACCGCCAAGUCCGGGAGCAUGUGAGGAACGAUGAUGGGCGAUUGCAAGCCUGUGGGUGGAGUCUCCCUGCCAAGUACAAGCAGCUGAGUCCCAAUGGUGGCCAGGAAGACACUCGCAUGAAAAACGUCCCUGUGCCUGUAUAUUGUCGCCCACUAGUAGAGAAGGACCCAACCAUGAAGCUGUGGUGCGCAGCUGGAGUCAAUCUCACGGGAUGGAGACCUUUUGAGCAGGAAUCUGGGAAUGGACAGAAACUGGAUCCUGGACGUGAUCCCCUCACCUGUGACCGGGAAGUGGAAGGCGAGAACAACAAGAGUAACCAUACCUCUCCUGAAAAGAAGAAGGCAAAGGAACUCCAUGAAAUGGAUGCCACAUCCAGUCGUGUCUGGAUCCUCACUAGUACCCUGUCAACAAGUAAAGUUGUAAUCAUUGAUGCCAAUCAGCCUGGUACAGUGGUGGACCAGUUCACUGUCUGCAAUGCUCAUGUGCUCUGCAUCUCCAGCAUCCCUGCGGCCAGUGAGAGUGAUUAUCCUCCAGGCGAGAUCUUUCUGGAGGGAGAUGUUAAUCCUGAAGAGUCGUCUGGAACAGAUGGUGUCUUGGCAGGAAUCACUCUGGUGGGCUGUGCGACCCGUUGCAAUGUGCCACGAAGCAACUGCUCCUCGCGUGGUGACACACCUGUGCUGGACAAAGGACAGAGUGAAGUAGCUGCUGUCUGCAAUGGGAAGAUCAACCAGUCCCAGUCUACUGAGGAGGCGACAGAAGCUACCGAGGUACCAGAUAAUGGUACAAGUGAGACAGAAUCUGCUGAGGUCCUGCCUGGGCCACUCACAGAGCAUGUGUUUACAGAUCCAGUCCCUCCUCAGGCACCUCUUAGGCAGAACAGUGAGAAUGGGCAGCAGAAGACAGAGUCAAGCACAGCAUUGACAGAUCAGGAAUUGAAUGGGGAUGCCGCUGGGACUUGCACCAGUGCUGCCCCCACGAUGUGGCUGGGAGCACAGAAUGGCUGGCUUUACGUGCACUCUGCUGUAUCCAACUGGAAGAAGUGUCUGCACUCAAUAAAGCUGAAGGAUUCUGUACUUAGUCUAGUGCAUGUGAAAGGAAGGGUCCUUGUUGCUCUGGCAGAUGGAACACUAGCCAUAUUCCACCGAGGAGAGGAUGGUCAGUGGGACCUCAGCAAUUACCACCUAAUGGACCUCGGUCACACUCACCAUUCCAUCCGCUGCAUGGCUGUUGUGUAUGACAGAGUCUGGUGUGGCUACAAGAACAAAAUCCAUGUCAUUCAACCUAAGACAAUGCAGAUUGAGAAAUCCUUUGAUGCUCACCCUCGGCGGGAGAGCCAGGUGCGGCAGCUGGCGUGGAUUGGAGAUGGAGUAUGGGUUUCUAUCCGCCUGGACUCCACUCUGAGACUUUACCACGCCCACAGCCAUCAACAUCUGCAGGAUGUCGACAUUGAGCCUUAUGUCAGCAAGAUGCUAGGCACUGGAAAGCUGGGCUUCUCAUUUGUACGGAUUACGGCUCUGCUCAUUGCUGGCAACCGCCUCUGGGUAGGGACAGGGAACGGUGUCGUCAUCUCCAUCCCAUUGACAGAGACUGUAGUCCUUCACCGAGGCCAACUCCUUGGGCUCCGGGCCAACAAAACCUCACCCACCUCUGGAGAGGGCAGCCGCUCUGGUGGAGUCAUCCACGUGUAUGGCGAUGACAACAGCGACAAAUCUGCCAGCAGUUUCAUUCCCUAUUGCUCCAUGGCUCAGGCACAGCUCUGUUUCCAUGGCCACCGUGAUGCUGUCAAGUUCUUCGUUUCUGUGCCUGGCAACGUUCUAGCGACCCUCAACGGGAGCGUGUUGGAUAGCCCCUCGGAGAACCCCAGCACAGCGGCCACCGAGACUGAGGGGCAGAAGCUGAAGAACGUCCUGGUGCUGAGUGGAGGAGAAGGGUACAUCGAUUUCCGGAUUGGGGAUGGAGAAGAUGAUGAGACGGACGAGAAUGCAGGAGAUGCCACCCAGGUGAAGCCAGUACUUUCCAAGGCUGAAAGGAGCCACAUUAUCGUGUGGCAAGUAUCAUAUAUCCCUGAGUGAGAAUUUUUCCUUUCCUACCAAUGUAAGUCUCCCUCCUCCCACCUGAAUGCCAAGAUGUACAUACAGAACUCCUGCAUUAUACCUACUGCUGGAAACCGACCCCAGACAACUGCAAUGGCUCCUGCCUUGGACUGUGACCCCCUUCUAACCUCUGAACUUGCAGCUUUCAUCUUGGGCCUGUGCGCUUUCUGCGUGGUUGGAUUAUUGUUCUGCUCUGGAGCUGGCGUCUACAAGGAGAGAAAUGGCAGCUCGUUGUUGAAGUGAAGUUUGGAGCCAGAACGGUGCAAACCCUUUGCCCAGGGCCCAGGAGCUGGGAGCUGGAUAGGUGGCGCAGGUUCUCCAGCAGGUUGCCUCACUCCCACCUGCAUGAGAAGCAGUACGUCACCCCAGCACCCCCCACCAGAGCAACGAUGGUGAAUCAAACUCUCCAGCACCUCAAAAGAAAUCCUUUUUACUUCACCUGUGGAAUUUCCACCUUACCCACUCUACAUAGGGUACACCUAAGCACAGAAUAAUAUUCCACAGACUGAGAGCAGCCAGGACUAAGCCCAAGGCAGGAACCUUCAACAAAAAGGAGUGUCAAGGUUUCAGAAUUACUUCUGCUGUUUGGCUGGAGAAGGGUAACAGUGUCAUGAACAGUUACUGGGGGGAACAUAUUCUCUGUACAUGCAAAUGGGAGGUCUCCCUCUUCUGCUGCUGUUGUCUUAGCAGUAGUGUUCUGGGUGACUGUGUCCCCAGGGAGAGCUGUUCAGUAGGGUCAGAUGGAAGAUGGGUGUUUUAUGGCAGAGGCCUCAGGGGCUUUGGAAUCUGCAGUAGCAAAAAGAUACUGGAACCUUGUUAGUUAGAGAACAGUCAGCAAUACUUUUAACUCCCCCUUACAAAAAAGCCAGGUAGGGAAAGACUCCUGAAUUCAUUCUUUUUAUGAGCCUGAGAAGUUCAGUGAGAACACUAGCUCUGUAUAGUAUUUGUUGGCUUUUAAAAUACAGGUGAGGGCAGAAUACACUGGUGAGCUGUGGGUUUGUGUUAAUGCAGUGAAGUUGCCUUGACUCGUAAGGAUGUGUCGCCUUCUGGGAACUGCUGGUGUUCAGCGUGGAGAUGUCUGUUUUCCUUCACAUCAUAGCUGUGAGGUUAGGAAGGACUGUGUAGGUGCAGUUAAGGUAUAGAAAGGCUGUGUCUUGCCUGAGGUCAAACAAAAAGGCCUGAGGCCAGAUCCACUGACCUCUUUACCUGACCUGAUGAGUGCUGACUGGUUUUGCAACUGAAUGGGUCAAAAAGCUGGAAAUGUCUCGACUCCUGAAAAGAAUGAUGACCCCCAAGAGAAAUGCUGACUGCAGUACUUGUGUAAGCAGAGCUGUGGGAUUGCAGGAGCAUGUCCUGCUUGCAGGAGGAGCAAGAAGCGGGGCCAGCAAGAACAGUUUUAGGCUAUGAUGCUAGCUCCAGGUAGAGGUAGCUAUUUGUCCAACACGCGCUUCACUUCCUUUCUGACAGUGGGAACAGUCCCAUCUCCAGAAGGGCAAAUCCUGCUUCCUUGGAGCGCUCCCUUCUGGAUAUGCAGGACUAGAGUUGUUAGCAGUGGAUUUAGGGAUACUGGAGGUCUUGUUCAGAGAGAGGUUGGCACACACACGUCACCUCCGAGAAGGCAAGGGUACAUAUCCAGAGAGCAGAGGCCUCAGCCACCAUGCGGCUGCCAUUUAGCCAAGGGGACCUGUGGGGACACUUCACUGGGCACUGCUGACUGGGCCAGGCUUGCUCUGCUGCCACCACUUUCCUGAAAUGCUUUCUGCUAGCACAAGCUCUUUGAGUUGCAACACAGAGUGCAAAAAGGUUAACAAGAAGAUAGACAUUUAGACAGCACAUUCCACAAACAUCUAACAGUCGGUCAGUUCAUGCCAAAUAAACUUCAUAAUUUGGAGUAAUUUAAGGGGAAAUAAAGUCCUAGUAGGCCCCAUUCCUUAACUCUGUAGAACUUUCCAUAUCAAAAUACAGACAUGCAAUAUUGUUACCUCUUACUGUUUGUUUUCUAUCUGGUUUUAGCAGUCACAGUGACACUGUCUGUCACUUGUUACCACCAGUCCCUGGUGACAUAAGGAAACAGGUCUGAGGCUUCUGCCAACAGGUUCCUUUCCAGUUUGAUGCGUAUUUUCCUCCAAGAGAAGCACAUGUUUAAAAGGGGGCAGCUACAGCUAAGUAAAACCAGCCUCUGCUGUCACACUCCUGUCAGCAUUUGGUGGCUACUGGGCAGCAAGGUGAAGAGCUGACUGGCUUCAACACACUUCCCUGUCAUAUCUCCACUGUGAUGUAUGUAAAGUAUCUUGUAUGUUACAAAAGGAUUUUAAAAAGUGUCUUAAGGCCUGUAAACUCCGCUGUUUGGUCAGAAGAUGGCAUUCUGUAAAGAGCCUGCUGUAUGAAUACGUUCCCAUGCUUCGUCCCCUAUGCUAUCAAACAACGAACCAUAUCUGUUCUGUAUGUAAUAAAUGUGUUAACAUCA